UGCCAUUCCCCGAGUUGUGUAAACUGAAAGCAGAUAGCUGUAGCGAGGGAAACGAGAACAACUACCAUCAACCUUCAACACUGACGACAGCAUGGCAGCGGCAGCCGUUCCUGCCGACGCGUCUAGCAGCCUUGAAAACGACAGAAAGGCACGGAGACUGCAGGAGCUGUUCAAAGGUCGUUUCAGUCAAGGGGAGGCCCUCGCCAUCAUUGUCGACAAGGAUGGAGAUAUCCCAGCAGCAGUUGACUUUAUUAUGAGAGGUUCACCUGAACAAAUCCGGAAGUUUCUACAUAGCCAGAACCAGAACCUGUUGCAAGAACUACGAAGGGACACAACCAUCCUGUACAAGAACCUGCGGAGUGGCCUCCCCUGCACAGUUCGCCAGUUUGGGUGUGGUCCCUGUGACAAUUUCUGGUGGCAGAAAGUUCCCUCCAGGAAGGAGGUGAGCUCAUGCAAGAAGUGUAAAAUCAAAUAUGAUCCCGUUCCGAGGGGUCACGAGUGGGGGUGGGCAGAGUUCAAAUGUCCCUGCGGCAAUGAAUUCAAUGGGUUUGGCCAAAUAGGUCACACUGGUAGUCCCUGCUUCAAGUGCCACACAGUCAGUUUUCCGCUCAAGAUUCUGCCCCCUCGUAGGAACAACAGACAACGUCGUUCUACAGACCACGCUUGCAACGGGACCAACUGUUACAACGCCCCUAUGUAUGGAAGAGGGGGCUUUGGAGGAGGGGAUCGUGGAAGGGGCUGGGGAGGCAGGGGAAGAGGUAACAGAGAGCCCCGCUGUUGUCAUCCCCGUUCAAUUCGAGCAUCUGGGGGAAAAAUGGUCUUGUACGCUAGCCAGCCCCACAGGAGUACCGGUUCUACAGUUGGCACAUUCUUAACACAGGACGAUCUUGUCUCGCACGCCGGGACAUUCACCUCAAGUCUCGUUGAUGUGCGAGAAGAUGACGAGGAAGCUUUGGCCGGAAGUGAUCGCGAAGACAGCGAUGGCGGCCCAGCGGACGAUGGCCAGUGACCCACCCCCAUUACAACAGUUAUACUGGCAUAGGUCUGUGAGAAGUAAUUCCAAAUAAUAUGAAAGACCUGUUCCAGAUACCCUACAUAUCACUGUUACGUGUCUUAAUUUCAGAACAGGUUGUAUCAAAAUUAUUACCACAAACAAUGCUAAAACCUUGACAUCAAAUCGCUUCAUAGUUCAAUUGAGACCUGAGUAUAUAAAUUACAAAUUGGAGCGCUUAUCAUUGGUUUACCGUGCUGUGUAUAUAUGUAUACAUUAACCAUAGUUUCAAGAUCAAGGAACAUGUAUACAUAAUUAUUACAGUUCAGAUAAUGGUCUCUAAGUCGCGACCCGGACGCGCCUAUA